AUGACACGGCCAGAUGUGGCCGCUUUUGACGUCGUUCCAAGCCGCUCGAUCACCAUUAGCGGCCUUGGUGUCGCCUUCGACAAUGCCUACGGCCAACCUGAUCUACUACCACCCGUGCUUGACGUUGGCCACGCCCUGGUACAGCGGUACAGCGUAUGCAGGCAUGAGGUGGGGGCAACUCGGGCCGGAAACCAAGCUGUUAGGUGA